AACUGAGUGUAAAACCCAUAACAAAUCCUCAGUAUUUGGAUAAUAUGGGGAAUCCAGCCAUUAAUGGACUGUAUGACUUGGCUUUGGGACCUCCAGACUCCAAAGAAGUGUGUGCAACUUGCAUGCAGAACUUCACCAACUGCCCUGGUCAUUUUGGCCACAUAGAGCUGCCUCUGACUGUCUACAACCCCCUGUUUUUUGAUAAAUUAUACCUUCUAAUUCGAGGUUCUUGUUUAAAUUGUCACAUGCUGACAUGUCCUCGGUCUGUGGUUCACUUACUGCUAAGUCAGCUGAAGGUUCUGGAGAAAGGGUUGCUCCAUGCCGUCCACGAUCUUGAAGUCAUUGUGAGCAGGUUUUUAGAGCAAUGUGCAGAUGCAACAGGUUCGGAAAUUGAAGAAGAGUUAAAUCGCCAUGUUCAGGAAAUAUUGCAAAGUCAUCAAAUAAGAGAUCAGUGUUCCAAUGUAAAAAAUGUGUGUGAGUGUAGAAAUAAACUGAUAGCACAGUUCUGGAAAGCACAUACGAGUUCAAAGAAAUGCCCAAACUGCAAAUCUAGGAGAUCACUAGUGAGAAAAGAGCACAACAACAAACUGACAGUCACCUAUCCUUCUACAGUGUCCCGUAAGUCAGGAGAGGAAGGAAUUCUGGAUGAGCCAGCAGCUGUUGAUGAAAGCCAGUUAGGGAAGAGAGGAUACCUGACACCGAUGACUGCCAAGGAAUACAUCCUGGCUCUGUGGAAGAAUGAAGGUUUCUUUUUGCGGUAUCUCUUCCCUGGGAUGGAUCCCCAUGACGGUUCGGAAUUCAGUCCAGACAUGUUUUUUUUAGAUCUACUUGUGGUUCCACCUUCAAGGUAUCGUCCCGUAAAUCGUCUUGGAGACCGACUGUUUACAAAUGGUCAGACUGUGAACUUGCAGGCUGUCAUGAAAGAUGCCAAAAUGAUACGGAAGCUCUUGGUUUUCAUGGCAAAAGAACAAUGUGAGCCAAUAAAAAUUACAGAAGAACAAAUCCAAACAGAGACAGGAGAGAAUAAUGAAUCUCUGGACCAUUCUAUCCUGACAAUGAUUCCAGGACAGACCAUUGCAGAUAAGCUGUACAAUGCUUGGAUUCGUCUUCAGAGCCAUGUCAACAUUGUGUUUGAUAGUGACAUGGACAAACUAACGACAGAAAAAUACCCCGGUAUCCGUCAGCUAUUAGAGAAAAAGGAAGGGCUGUUCCGCAAGCACAUGAUGGGAAAGCGUGUGGAUUUUGCUGCUCGAUCAGUCAUUUGCCCUGAUAUGUACAUUGGUACCAAUGAAAUUGGCAUUCCCAUGGUAUUUGCUACUAAACUGACUUACCCUCAGCCAGUCACUCCCUGGAAUGUCAAAGAGCUGAGGCAGGCUGUCAUAAAUGGCCCCAAGGUUCACCCUGGGGCCUCCAUGGUCAUUAAUGAAGAUGGAUCUCGGACCGUGUUGAGCGCGAGCAGCCUGACCCAGAGGGAAGCCAUAGCCAAGCAGCUGCUCACUCCUUCUUCAGGCGCACCCCAGUCAGGACUAAAGAUUGUAUGUCGACACAUUAAAAACGGAGAUGUCCUUUUGCUGACCCGCCAGCCCACUCUUCACAGACCCUCCAUCCAAGCUCACCGGGCCCGGAUCCUGCCUGGAGAAAAAGUGCUGAGGCUUCACUACGCCAACUGCAAGGCUUACAACGCGGAUUUUGACGGUGAUGAAAUGAACGCCCAUUUUCCACAGAGCGAGCUGGGUAGAGCAGAAGCCUACACCUUGGCCUUUACUGAUGAACAGUAUCUGGUUCCAAAGGAUGGGAAGCCACUUCCUGGCUUAAUCCAGGAUCACAUGAUUUCUGGAGUCAGCAUGACAAUCCGGGGCUGCUAUUUCACCAGAGAGCAAUAUAUGGAGCUUGUUUACCGAGGGCUGACAGACAAAAAAGGAAAAAUUAAAAUCUUUCCUCCUGCCAUUAUGAAACCACAGCGAUUAUGGACAGGAAAGCAGGUUGUUUCUACAUUGUUAAUAAACAUCAUUCCAGAAAACCAAAUCCCACUGAAUUUGACUGGGAAAGCUAAGAUUGGUGGAAGAACUUGGGUAAAGGGACCUGCAAACAGAUGUCUAAACCUUGACUCAAUGUGUGAAUCUCAGGUUAUUAUUAGAAAUGGGGAAUUACUGUGUGGAGUCUUGGACAAAGCUCACUUUGGCAGCUCUGCCUAUGGCCUGGUCCACUGUUGCUAUGAAAUCUACGGGGGUGAAACGAGUGGGAAAGUGCUAACGUGUCUAGGACGCCUCUUUACUGCUUAUCUGCAGCUGUACAGGGGAUUUACAAUGGGGAUUGAAGAUAUUUUGGUCAAACCUGAAGCAGACCACAAAAGAAAAAAAAUCAUUGAAAAGUCAAGGCAGCGUGGUAUUGAAGCUGUUAGAGCUGCUCUUAAUUUGCCAGAAACGGCAUCGUGCGAGGAGGUCCGAGGGAAAUGGCAGGAUGCCCAUCUCUGCAAAGACCAGAGGGAUUUCAACAUGGUCGAUAUGAAAUUCAAGGAGGAAGUAAACAAUUACAACAAUGAAGUUAACAAGGUUUGUAUGCCACUUGGUCUCCACAGGAGCUUUCCAGAGAACAAUUUGCAGUUGAUGGUCCAGUCAGGAGCCAAAGGAUCCACUGUAAAUACAAUGCAGAUUUCUUGUUUACUGGGCCAGAUUGAGUUGGAAGGUCGAAGACCCCCACUGAUGGCAUCUGGCAAAUCGCUGCCAUGUUUCCAGCCUUACGAUUUUUCCCCUAGCUCAGGAGGAUUUGUGACUGGCAGAUUUCUCACUGGGAUCAGACCUUCUGAAUUCUUCUUUCACUGCAUGGCUGGCAGGGAAGGUCUGGUGGACACAGCUGUCAAAACCAGCCGUUCUGGAUACCUACAAAGAUGUAUCAUAAAACAUUUGGAAGGACUGGUAGUUCAGUAUGACCUGACUGUACGCGAUAGCGAUGGCAGUGUGGUGCAGUUUCUGUAUGGAGAAGAUGGGCUUGAUAUCCCUAAAACUCAGUUCUUACAACCUGAGCAGUUUCCUUUCAUUGCAGAAAACUAUGAGGUAAUCCAGAAGACAAACCAUCUGGAUGAAGCUUUAUCAAGGAUGGAGUCUCACCAAGCUACCCAGCAUUUCAAAGCCAUCAAAAAGUGGCAAGCCAGGCACCAAAACUCUGUGCAAAGAGAGGGAGGUUUUCUGAUGUUUUCCCAAAAGAAAAUGGCAAGUGUAAAAGCACAGAUUCCAGGAGGACAGAUUAAAAAUGGAAGAGAUCCUGCUACUUUACAGUUAUUGAAGAUGUGGUAUGAACUAGAUGAGAAGAAACGAAGGAAGUAUCUGAAGAAGACAAAUAAGUGCCCUGACCCAAGCCUUGGUGUUUGGCGUCCAGAUACUUAUUUUGCAUCUGUUUCAGAAACAUUUGAAAAUGGAGUUGAAGAUUAUAUCAACAAAUGGGAAUCUGAGAACAGACAAAGUUGUAUGCACCAAACACUUUCUUCUGACAGAUUAAAGGAUUUGUUGUACUUAAAGUGGCAGCGAUCACUUUGUGACCCAGGAGAAGCUGUGGGUCUUCUUGCAGCUCAGAGUAUUGGGGAACCUUCCACACAGAUGACCCUGAACACCUUCCACUUUGCUGGCAGAGGUGAAAUGAAUGUCACAUUGGGUAUUCCAAGGUUGCGGGAAAUACUGAUGGUGGCCAGUGCAAAUAUUAAAACACCAAUGAUGAGUGUUCCUGUGUUCAAUACCAAGAAAGCUCUCAAGAAGGUGAAACAGCUUAAGAAACAGCUCACAAGAGUGUGCUUAGCUGAGGUCUUGCAGAAAGUUGAGAUAGAGGAAUCCUUGCAUCUGAAGUGCAAGCAGAACAAACAUCACCUCUACAAAAUCAAAUUCCAUUUCUUACCCCACGAGUAUUACCGAGAGGAGAAGUGUGUGAAGCCCAGGCAGAUCUUGCACUUCAUGGAAACAAGGUUCUUUAAAAUUUUUCUGGAAGCAAUUAAAAAGAAGAGUGCAAAGAUGGCAUCUUUUACUGAAGUCAGCACCCGGAAGGCAACUCGGAAAGAUUUAGAUGGUGACCAAGACAAGACACAGAAUGAGGAAGCUCCAGCAGAGGAAGAAGAUAAUAUUGUUGAUGCAGAGGCUGAUGAAGGGGAUGGCGAUGCUACAGAAGCAAAACGGAGGAAGAACCAGGAAGAAGAGGUUGAUUAUGAAAGUGAAGAAGAAAAUGGGGACGAAAACGUUGAUGAGAAUCUAGAAGGUGAAGAGGCUGAAUCGGAAAAUGAAGAAAAGGCUCCCAUUGCUGAAGAAGAUCAGAAUGGAGCAGAUGGUGACGAGUCUCAACAUCUUUCCUUUAUGUCUCAAACUAAAAAAGAGAAAGAUCGAUUACUUCGGUCAGCAGAGUUGCGAGUAAAUGCUGUUCUGGACAGCCACCCAUCGAUACAGGAUUACACCUUUGACACCGAAAGUGAACUGUGGUGUGAG